AUGCAGCCAAAGAGUAGUGGGAGCGUUAACGAUGGUUCGCUAGCCUCCUCCCAGCGUCUCACUUCUCAAUCGACCCCGUCUCAACCCAGGGUGCCCCAGCCCUCAGACUUUAAGUUCGGUAAGGAGAUUGGUCAUGGUUCCUUCUCCACUGUGUACGUUGUCAAGGAAAUCGCCACUCAACGCGAAUUUGCUAUCAAGGUGGUCAGCAAGAAACAGGUUACCGCCAACAAGUCUGUCAAGCUCGCUGUCUUUAUGGAGCGAGAGGUGCUGCGUCGCACUAGUCAUCCUCUUAUCGUUCGCCUGAUGUACACCUUUCAAGACCCCUCUCGUCUCUACUACGUCCUGCAGUACGCUCAACGGGGUCAUCUCCUAGAUUACCUCCAAAAACUUACGUCUUUCAAUAAGCAAGGCACUCAGUUCUACGCUUCGGAGCUAUUGCUGGCUCUUCGCUACCUGCAUUCCCACUCUAUCGUCCACCGGGACGUAAAACCCGAAAACAUUCUCCUCACACUCGAUAUGCACAUCAAACUUGCAGAUUUCGGUUCUGCUAUCAUCCUUAACGACUCUUCCGUUGAGGCGCCCGUCUUCACCGGUACUCCGGAGUAUGUCAGUCCUGAAAUGCUUCAGUUCUGUACGCCCCUAUCUAUCACCUCUUCUUCGUCCUCCGACUCCUCAACUUCUGAGGAUGAGUUCCGAGAUAGGAGGGGUAAAUCUGAUGCUGCCUCCUCAAAUCUCGCUGACUCAUCUUCCUCUGAUCUCUCCUAUUUAAUGGAUUACUGGGCUCUAGGCUGUGUUGUCUACCAAAUGCUUUCCGGACGCCUCCCCUUCCGUGCUGACAAAUUUGGGCACCAGUUUGAUGUGUUUCAGAAGGUUCAUACUCUUAAUUAUACCUUUCCUGAGAGAUUUGAUGAAAAGGCAAAGGACCUUGUGCAACGCCUCCUUGUCCUCUCCCCCUGUGAAAGGCUAGGCAGCCCAGCUACGGGUGGUCCAGACGCCCUUCUCUCACACUCAUUCUUCUCUGGUGUCGAUUGGGAGGGUAUAAUCGACAGUGAGCCGCCCACUCUAAUUCCCAACCUGGAGCCAUUAGAGCACAAUGAUUGGGAUAAAGUACCUGCGGGUUAUACUGCUAGUCAAAAAUAUUUUCUCUCGCUGGAGCUUGCUCUAGCUACCAGUCAGAUUACAGAGCUACAGCGCGAAGAGUUGUUGAAGAAACAGGCUACAGAAAAUGCCUUCCAUCGUUUCGUGAAAGGACGUCUCAUCGUAAAACAAGGCAUCUUAUACAAACGUCGGGGUCUGUUUGCUAGAAAGCGGAUGUUCCUUCUUACUGAAGGGCCCCACCUCUUCUAUGUUGAUCCUGAGGCCAUGGUGCUUAAGGGGGAGGUGCCUUGGAGUAAUUUUUUGCGAGUCGAAUGCCGAAGUAGCAAGAUAUUUUCCAUCAUUGUGCCCAAUCGAAUCUACUAUUUAGAGGACCCCUCCGGUCAUUCAGGCGAUUGGCUGAACAAGCUUCGUCAGGUGAAAGCUCUCUACUACUCGGAUCCCAUAGAUUGA